GCGCCCGCCAGCCAGCCAUGAUCGGAGCUCCCGUCCUAGCCCUGCUGCUGUUGGGGCAGCUUCUGACGGCCCCCUCCGCGCAGAAAGUGGGACCUCGAGGCCCCCCUGGUCCACAAGGGCCUCCUGGGAAGCCCGGCAAGGAUGGCAUCGAUGGAGAAGCUGGCCCCCCAGGUCUACCUGGCCCUCCAGGACCCAAAGGGACCUCAGGGAAGCCGGGGAAGCCAGGAGAGGCAGGACUGCCAGGACUGCCUGGUGUGGAUGGCCUGACUGGGAGGGAUGGACCCCCAGGACCCAAAGGUGCCCCUGGAGAACGGGGAAGUCUAGGACCCCCGGGGCCACCAGGACUUGGGGGCAAAGGCCUCCCUGGACCUCCUGGAGAGGCAGGAGUGAGUGGCCUCCCAGGUGGAGCUGGUCUGCGAGGUCCCCCGGGACCCUCUGGACUCCCAGGCCUGCCUGGUCCCCCAGGACCUCCUGGACCUCCUGGAAACCCUGGAGUCCUCCCUGAAGGUGCUACUGAUCUUCAAUGUCCUGCCAUCUGCCCUCCAGGCCCUCCUGGACCCCCAGGAAUGCCAGGGUUCAAGGGGCCUACUGGUUACAAAGGGGAACAAGGAGAACCUGGCAAAGACGGUGAGAAGGGUAAUCCCGGCCCCCCUGGGCCUCCUGGCAUCCCAGGCACUGUGGGGCUGCAGGGCCCACGAGGAUUGCAAGGACUUCCAGGGCCACUUGGGCCACCUGGGGACCGGGGUCCCAUUGGGUUCCGGGGCCCCCCUGGGAUCCCAGGAGCACCUGGGAAAGUGGGUGACAGAGGCGAAAGGGGUCCAGAAGGGUUCCGAGGCCCUAAAGGUGACCUGGGCAGGCCUGGUCCCAAAGGAAUCCCUGGAGUGGCUGGACCCGGUGGAGAACCAGGCAUGCCAGGCAAGGAUGGCCAGGAUGGCGUGCCAGGGCUUGAUGGCGAGAAGGGAGAGGCUGGUCGCAACGGUGCCCCAGGAGAGAAGGGUCCCAAUGGGCUUCCGGGGCUCCCUGGCCGAGCUGGGUCCAAAGGCGAGAAGGGAGAACCGGGUAGAGCUGGGGAGCUGGGUGAAGCUGGCCCCUCUGGAGAGCCAGGAAUCCCCGGAGAUGUUGGUGUUCCGGGGGAGCGUGGUGAGGCUGGUCACAGGGGCUCAGUGGGACCCCUUGGCCCACAAGGUCCUCCUGGGGCCCCUGGCAUCCGUGGCUUCCAGGGCCAGAAGGGCAGCGUAGGAGACCCUGGCCUUCCAGGCCCUCAAGGUCUACGGGGAGAUGUGGGUGAUCGGGGUCCAGGAGGUGCCACAGGCCCUAAAGGAGACCAGGGCAUCGCAGGUUCUGAUGGCCUUCCAGGGGACAAAGGAGAGCUGGGUCCCAGUGGCCCCAUUGGACAAAAAGGAGAGUCUGGCAGCCGAGGGGAACUGGGCCCCAAAGGUAUCCAGGGCCCCAAUGGCACCAGUGGAGUCCAGGGCGUACCUGGUCCCCCAGGUCCACUGGGCCUCCAAGGCCUGCAGGGUGUCCCAGGCAUCACAGGAAAACCCGGAGUUCCGGGCAAGGAAGCCAGCGAACAGCACAUCAGGGAGCUCUGUGGGGGGAUGAUCAGUGAGCAAAUCGCACAGUUGGCUGCACACCUGAGGAAGCCAUUAGCACCAGGCUCCAUCGGCAGGCCUGGUCCAGCUGGUCCCCCAGGGCCCCCAGGCCCUCCAGGAUCCAUCGGCCACCCUGGUGCUCGGGGUCCCCCUGGAUACCGGGGUCCCACUGGGGAGCUGGGAGAUCCUGGACCUAGAGGAAGCCAGGGUGACAGAGGAGACAAGGGUUCAACCGGCGCAGGGCUAGAUGGGCCUGCUGGGGACCAGGGGCCCCAAGGGCCUCAAGGUGUGCCUGGCAUCAGCAAAGAUGGUCAAGAUGGUGCUCAUGGCGAGCCUGGCCUUCCUGGUGAUCCUGGCCUUCCUGGAGCUGCUGGUGCUCAGGGAACCCCAGGGAUCUGUGACACCUCAGCCUGCCAAGGAGCUGUGUUAGGAGGGGGUGGGGAAAAGUCAGGUCCUCGGAGCUCAUAAACAACUUUAGGAACUGACUGAUAAUGCACUCCAGCAGGCAGCAGGUAUCAGUCAUGUGGUUACUAGAAAUGGACAGUAUGGCUAGCUACAGCCAGCUAGUCCUCCCCGGCCUGCUGCCUGGACCCCCAAGAGCAUCUACUGGCACCACUGUUGCUGUCGCGUCUGCAGGAUUAAUGGCAGCCCAUUCAUCUGUGACAGCAUACCUCAGGCACAGGCCCUAGGGAUGGGGACUUUAAAUCAAGCAUCUGGAAGGGAUGGUGUACCUAAGAGGUUUUGUUUUGUUUUUUGUACAAUUCCAUGAGAUAAACACACUCAAGAGACUUGUUUACAUAACAUUUAUAUAAAGCCUAUGACAGAGUACCAAUAAAGCAACCUGCUAACCUUCA